GAUUAGGCCCAAACCAACUCAGACAACUCCAAGCCCCAAAAGUAUAACUCAGAUCCGAUUCAUACACCGACUCGGGUUCCUUUUUUGUUUUCGACCCCGAAAGAGAACCAGAACAAUCAGAUUACCGAGUAAUAUAGCGAUUGUAAACGAAACGACAUGACGACCGCGGCUCGACCAACAUGGGCACCGGCUAAAGGAGGCAAUGAACAAGGUGGGACCAGGAUUUUCGGGCCGUCUCAGAAAUACUCGUCCAGGGACCUUGCAGCUCAUACAAACUUAAAGCCCAGAAAAGAAGGGCAAGACACUCAGGAUGAAUUGCAGAAGAGGAACCUUAGGGAUGACCUAGAAGAGCGUGAACGGAGGCAUCUCUCAUCAAAGGAUAAGUCAUACAUCGAUGACAGAGAUCGCAGGAGGAGUAGCCAUCUUCUGUUGGAAGGGAGUAAGAGAGAAAAUGAAGACCGGCAAAUUCCACGCAAUGUAGAUGCUGAUGAUUCUGAUGUGGAAGUAAAAAGUGAUGAUGAGAGUGAUGACGAUGAUGAUGAGGAUGACACUGAAGCUCUUUUGGCCGAGCUUGAACAAAUUAAGAAGGAAAGAGCAGAAGAGAAGCUCCGGAAGGAAAAACAACAGUGGGAAGAAGAGGCUAAAGUCAAGGAAGCAGAGCUUCUUCGAGGAAAUCCGUUGCUGAAUAAUCCAACUUCCUUUAAUGUUAAAAGGAGGUGGGAUGACGAUGUGGUCUUCAAGAACCAAGCUCGCGGCGAAACCAAGACUCCCAAGCGCUUCAUCAAUGACACCAUCAGAAAUGACUUCCAUCGGAAAUUCCUGCAAAAAUACAUGAAGUAACUCUGCUGUUCAAGUUAGACCUUGGGGUUGGCUGAAAAAACUGAUUGGAAAUCCUUCUUGUAUUAUUAGUUGACAUUGUGGUGGGUUGAAUUUUAGGAGUCAACUUGUAUUAAGAGUCUCUAUAUGAAGCUGGAAAUGGAUGCAUCAUUCAAAGUCCGGAUGAUUUCUGGAACAUUAUUUUGCCUAUGGAGUUAAGUGUUGAGUUAACUGCUGCGCCGUAACUUUAUUGAUAAUUGGUGAUUGGUAUUUCCUUUCUGAUAA